CAUUAUGAACAGCCCUCAGGACCGCCAGAAUUUCGUCCGCAGCGUCAAGCUCGCCAUUCCUCCCACUCCUCAGGACCGCAAGGACUUUGUAUGCAGUGUCGAGCUGGCCAUCCCUCCCACUCCACCAUCCGCGGAGGGUAGUGCAGUCGUUGCUGCUCAGGCUGAUGACGAAGAGACUGCCUCUGUCGUUGACAGCUCCGCGAUAUCCUUCGUCGGUAAUUUGUCUGCACAGCAGAAGUCCGACGUGAUCAACUCGACACUGUUCGCACAGUGGGCAGCCAAUUCACAGUUCAACCGUAACAAGGAGCCCACGAAGUGGUACGAUGUCUACACGAGCACGCUCGAGAAAGUCGGGUGGACCGUGCAAGCCAUGAGCUUCAUGGAACUCCCUAACGCAAGUACAUACGGCACCGUGGACAAGGCAGUCCUGAGAGUCAUGGAGACCUUCCUCACCCCGGCUCUGGUCGAGCCGUUCAGGGCCAUGAUCGAAGCUUUGGAUAAACCUGAUGCCGAGCGUGCUUACAGUAUCUUCAAGAAGCGCUCCUGGGAGCAGACCAUGGCCGACUUCCAGUCAGGCGUGUGCAUCCUGGGCAAUGGCAACAACGUCAAGUGGCGCAUCGCAUGUUAUGACUACCAGGCGUCCGGCUUCGACGGCAAUGUUCUUUUCUUCAAAUUUGGGUCCAGUUCGGUUACCUUCCAGUACAACACCCAGGACAUGGUGUUGGAUGAAAAGAAGUAUUCAACGGUGAGACAGGACAUCGUAGAAUCACUUGGAGCCAAUGCGAAGGACUAUGUCAUGAACGUUCCCUUAUCUCCGCCCCAGUGAUGAGUCGACUGAUAUCCGAGAUAAUGCCCUUUCUUCACUGAUUCUGUAACACAUUUUUGGACCCUCCCGUGUUUCACUCAGACACAUCAACUGUCUUCAGCCUUCAGAAAAGCAUGGUUACCAUGAUUGAGCAUUUUUUGCGUGUAAUACUGAACAACAGUCUGUAACAAAGCUAUCACGCUCAGAAUCAUUAUGUUGUGUUGCAACGAUAACUGUACAAAAAAUUUCAUGUAAAAUUGACUCCCUUACUCAUAUCUAGCGAUCAACGCGAUGGGAGUAGACCGGCUGGCGAUUCAUUUGCCAAUGUCAUCAGGUUGGAAAUGGAAUCCCCAGGAGGCACUGCUCGGAUGUAGUUUGAGUGAAACCC